GAAACAGAAUGUGAAAAUAUUGGGCUGAUUAAUAGAUGCCCAGUUGUGAUAAUUUACAGACUGAGACAAGAUUGAAAAGAACAGCUAGAAGAUGUAAAUGUAGAAAAGCAGAGGAAAAUGUAUAGAUUAAUUCACGAAAAUAUAAAUAUGUGGGAGGUAGAAAUGAACUAUAAAUGUAUGGCAAGAUGGUAUAUCACACUGAGUGUGGCACACAGAUUGAGUGGAGAUAAUUCACCUUUGUGUUGGAGGGUACAUGGAGGUAGAGGCACUAUGUAUCACAUAUGGUGGGAGUGUCCUAGAAUACAGGAGUACUGGGAGAAAAUAUUGAAUUUAAUUCGGAAAAUUACAGAAGUUGAUAUAAUAUUAGAUCCAGAGACUUGCCUUUUCCAUAGUACCAAGUUCUCAGUCAAAAAGUAUAAGAAAAAUCUGGUGUAU